GUCUUGGAAAUUUGUUUACAAUUUACUUUUCAUUCGCGUUGGUUACGCCACGCACAAUGUAGACACUAACUAACGUAACUAACUAACCACACAACGCCAUGCAUGCAGUUCUCAUUUUGUCCUAAACAAGCCACGGCGCGUGGUUCAAUCGCCCACACAAGAAAGUAGCUCUUUCUUGUUCUCAAUACGGAAAAUAAAGACGAAUGAAAAGAAAAAUGAGAAGGCGUGGAAAGAAGGUAUUUGCAAGAUUGUGUGGUGGUGCCCGUGGUGGUGACGACGACGAGGACGAAGAAGACACCUUUCCUGAGAGCCAAAGGAGGGAUCACAUUGCGGAGUUUGAUUAUGAAGGAAGCCAAUACAGCCUCGCCGGUCUUCCUCUUCCCUCGCUCGGCUCCACUUCCCACAGACUCAAGCUCCGUCCUUACAUUGUUUCUCCCUUCAACCACAAUUACAGACUUUGGCAGACAUUUCUGGUGUUCUUGGUGUUCUAUAAUGCAUGGGUUUGUCCCUUUGAAUUUGCAUUCCUUAACCAAAAAAUGGUCGCAAUCUUCGUAGCUGACAAUGUUGUCAAUGGAUUCUUUGCUGUUGACAUUGUUCUCACCUUCUUUGUUGCAUACCUAGACAAGACUACCUAUUUGCUAGUUGAUGAUAAAAGCCUAAUUGCUUUGAGGUAUGCCAAAUCAUGGUUGGCUUUAGAUGUCAUCUCCACUAUCCCCUCUGAAGUUGCUCAUAGGUUUUUGCCCGCUGCCCUGAAAAAAUAUGCUUACUUCAACAUGCUUCGCCUUUGGCGUCUUCGCCGAGUCAGUGCCUUGUUUGCAAGAUUAGAGAAGGACAGGCAUUAUAAUUACUUCUGGGUUCGCUGCUCAAAACUGAUCUGUGUUACAUUAUUCGCAGCUCAUUUUGCUGCUUGCAUUUUCCAUUUUAUCACUCUGAAUCGUGAAACCGGACAAACAUGGCUUUCGCUUCUUCCGGAAGUCGAUGAUCAUAGUGUCACAAAUCUCUAUAUAGCAUCAAUUUACUGGUCCAUAGCAACUCUUACAACGGUUGGUUAUGGAGAUCUACAUCCUACGAACACAAGGGAGACUCUUUUUGAUACUUUCUAUAUGCUCUUCAAUCUUGGGCUAACUGCAUAUCUCAUAGGUAACAUGACAAAUUUGGUCGUUCAUGGGACAAGCAGAACUAGGAAAUAUAGAGACACAAUUCAAGCUGUGACAAGUUUUGCCAAACGGAAUAAAUUGCCUGUUCUCAUGCAAGAACAGAUGAUUGCACAUUUGCAUAUGAAGUACAGAACUGAUAUAGAAGGGCUGCAGCAGCAAGAGAUUAUCGAAUUACUCCCGAAAGCUAUUCGUUCUAGCAUCUCUCAUUACCUAUUCUAUGAACUUUUGGAGGAUAUCUACUUGUUUAAUGGGGUGUCACAUGAUCUGCUUUUUCAACUGGUCUCAGAGAUGAAGCCCGAGUAUUUUCCUCCAAAGGAAGAUGUGAUUUUGCAGAAUGAAGCACCAACAGACUUCUAUGUAUUGGUCACUGGUGCUGUGGAAGUUAUUCUCAAAGGACAGAAUAGAACUGAACAGGUAGUUGGUGAGAUAAAGGCAGGAGAAUUAGUUGGAGAAGUUGGAGUUUUAUGUUACAGGCCCCAGAUGUUUACAGUUCGGACCAAACGAUUGUGCCAACUUCUGCGCUUGAGCCGGACUACAUUUAUAAAUCUUGCUCACUCCAAUGUUGGAGAUGGGACAAUUAUGAUGAACAAUUUUCUUAAGCAUUUGCAUGAAUCCCAGGCACCAGGAAUGGAUAUUAUUUUCCGAGAGACAGAGGCCAUGCUGGCACGUGGUAAAUUGGAUUUGCCUAUCAGCACAUGCUUUGCAGUAAACCGAAAUGAUGAUAUAUUGUUGCAACGGCUGCUGAAGAAGGGUAUGGAUCCAAAUGAAGGCGACCCAGAUGGAAGGACACCGCUGCAUAUUGCAGCUUCUAAAGGCAAUGAGAAGUGUAUAUCUGUGCUUCUGGAAUAUGAUGCUGAUCCCAACAUCAGAGAUAAGGAAGGAAAUCUUCCACUGUUUGAAGCACUUAUAAGUGGUAACGACUCCAUUGUGAAACUCCUUCUGGAGCAUGGUGCAGUGUUAGAACCUGCCGAUGCAGGCCACCUGGCAUGCAUUGCUGUUGAGAAAAAUAGCAUGGAACUGCUCAAUAGAAUUUGUCAAUAUGGUUGGGAUGUGACACAACCCACACACAAUGGAACCACUGCUCUUCACACUGCAGUGUGUGAAGGAAACCUCCAAAUGACAAAGUUCCUUGUCGAAAAAGGAGCCAACAUUGAUCUGCAAGACGCUACCGGCUGGACUCCAAGGACCUUGGCGGAUCAACAAGACCAUGAUGAAAUCAAAAGUAUGUUUCAGAAGAUUGGAGANCACUUGCCUAACCUUGGAAGGUACCAAAGUGAACCAACUAUGCGUAGUAUUCCCCAAACAAACAUUGGACAGUUCCACUCGCCACGCAAUCCAGAAGAUAUGUUCUUUGACAAUACUAAAAGAAGAAGAAACAACAAUUUUAACAAUUCCAUUUUUGGGAUGAUGUCGGCAGCUAACCAUAAUCAAAGAGAGCGUGAGGCAUCCAAAAAAUUUAACAAUCAUAGGUUGAACAAGGAUGACUUUGUUGGCAGAUUGACAUUAAGUUGUCCUGAAAAGGGUGAACAUGCUGGAAAGCUUGUUAUGCUGCCAAAUACCAUUCAGGAACUGCUAGAUAUUGGAGCUAAAAUGUUUGACUUUACUGCUGUCAAAAUUUUGACCAAAGAAGGAGCUGAAGUGGAUGACAUAAAUCUCAUAAGAGAUGGUGAUCAUCUUAUUAUUGCACAUAAAUGAAGAGGGAAGCUAAUUUUGCUAACAAAUCAUUCUUUUUAUUAGGGAUGCAUCAUUUGGAAAUCAAAAAUGCUAUCUACACAAUAAAAAUUGGCCACCAAAUCAAUUGCUAUAUAUUUAUGUAUAAAUACAUAUAUUGU